AUGAUUUCGAGGCGGUUUUUGUCCCGAGCCGCACAGGAGGCGCCGUCCAGGCCUUCUUUUUCGCAUAUAAAGGCGAAGCUCCAGCGCUUUGUGGAAAACGGCGAGAUUCAGCCGCUUCUGCCUGCUCAGGCUGCUGCUCAUAUUCAACAUAAGAACCGCAGGGUGGCGCUCAAUGCGGCGAAAAACCUGCUCAGUGCACAGAAAGCGCUUCUUUUGAUCAGAUCGAAGUUCGACGCGGCGCUUCUCCGACGCGGGCUGCGGUCCCAGCCGGUGGAUUUGGAGAAACUCCGUCCGGGUGAUCUUGAGGUCAGUCUGGAGAAGCUGCUUGCGGUUUUCGAGAACCUCAUGGAGAUGAAGCGAAUCAGCAAGAAGAAGAUCCCGCCAAAACUCAUGCUUUUCUUGUGUGGCGUAGGGCCCGAGGCGCUUCUAGAUCCGUUUAAAGUCACCGAAGCUGUUCUCAAGCUUCUAGAAGCCGAUAGGUCCACCGCCAGGGCUAUGGAGCUUUGUCAUAUGGCACGCGGGAACGCCGUGGUGGCACUGAACGCGUGUAUCCAGUGGUGCUUCGAACACGGCAAGGUGCAAAUGGGCAUGAAAGCGUUGCACGAUCGGAAAAAAUGGAUGAUACCUACCAACGAACAAACUUACGUGUUGUACUUUGACGGCUUGGCGCGUCACUUUGGCUGGGGCAGCGUGACCAAGACCAUGGCAGACGAUUUGUUCAAUCAGUUCCAGAGAGUCAAGAGGCCUACGGUGAGUGUAUUCAAUGCCUGUUUGCUGGUUCUCCUGAAGAGCUUCUCCAACAACCAGCAGCACGCCAUGGAGCUUUUUGAGCUUGCCGAGGAUGCAAAGUCGUUCAAGCCAGACUGCCAGACGUUUACUAUUUUCCUCAACGGACGCAAGCACUACAUUCAAGAACAGGUGUCUCAGGUCAAAACAGCUUCUAAUAUUUCUGCUACAGAGCGUACCAAAAAGCUUUUUGCGUUUCAGGCGGAGCUCGUGGAGACUGCCGAAAACGUGUACAAAAAAGUCAUGGAACUGGCGAUUCCUCCAGUGCCUCCUACCAAGGCUGAAGCUGAGGCUGAUCCUGAGGUGCUCAAAAAGUAUAGGGAGGACAUCCAGGGCAUUCUCAUGGACAUUGACCCCGUUUUCGCCUCCACCUUCGUGCUGUGCUACGUUAACAACUUUGCAGGCACUUCGGUGACGCCUAAUUCGGGAUCCCAUUAUCAGUAUAUGCUCCAGGGUCUUGAGUAUCUCCGCUUGUGGUGCCCAGAAGUGGAACUGAUGUUGCAUUUUGCAAAGGAGAACGACGAGACCAGAGCUCUUGAGCCUUCAGCUGACGUUAAAAGGCGGACUGACGAGAGAAUCGAGGAAGCUUCUGUGGAAAAUAAGGAUCUUCCAGAAACCCACGUCAAGCCGCUUGUGAAGGAGGAAGUGAACCCUUUGGUGGUUUUCCCUCCUCCUUUGUUUUCCACAAACAAGACCAGGGCCAUUUUCUCUGAUAAGAAGAAGCGUUUGGUUGACUUUUCUCGUCCCCGGUUUGCUGAUGUGAAGAGACUCGCUCAACACCAAACGUACGGUUUGGGUAUCAACAACUUCUUGUUGGGACAUGCCACCGACUCUCUUUUGAAGAUUGGCGCUGUGAAGGAAUUCUACUUGGCUAUGUGGUACGCCUUGACGAAAUGGGGCGGUAUCUACGUCAGCCGUACUGACUUGAGAAAGGCGGUCUCUGAAGGUUUGAGCUGUGGAGCAUUGCCUAGAUCGCAGUAUCCCGACUUGACAAGAGUGAAGAACGAAAAAGGCAAGUUUGACAUAAAGGAGUGUCUUGUGGGAGAUGAGGCACCUGCCAAAGACGAAGGCGAAUUUACAAAGCUUUCGAAGAGCGAGAAGCAGGACUUGACGGCGCCUCAUGAACCUACAGUCAUUGACCCCAUGCUCGUGGAGAACUUCAUCUACAAAAUCGAAGAGAACUUUCCUAAACGGUAUGUCCCCAUCAAGUUCAUCACAGAGCUCCUCGCUGCCAUUGUAUCUCCAGCAUCCAAUAUUGGCAAAACCCUCAAGCCUAGAGACAAGACAUUCGACGUUGUCUUUUCUAUCCUCAAACGGGACAUCUACCACUACAACGAGAAGAAUCUUCACAAAGGCCUUAGUCUCACAAUGGAGCAGCUCAACGAUUUGCUUGAUCCUUUGGCAGUUCUCAUGAAGUGUGUCAUGGUGGCCGAAUCGAGAACCUACGGUUUGGGCAAAAACAGACAGGCGCUUAUGCUGAACAGUUUUGUGGAUUCUUACAACUCGCUAGUCCAGCAUAUCACCAGCACCACCUGGACAGAUGCACCUGAAAACCACGACAACGCUUUGGAGGUGCACAAGAAGAUUCUUGGAUCGGGCAUCUUGUUUUACACACCAAGGGAGAUCUUCGAUCCUCGGAGAAACAUUGCCAAUGCCACGGUGGUGGGCAACUCCGUGCGUUUUGUGUACGGAAAGUUGAAGGACAGGGAGGAUCUUGACGAAAAGCUGAAGCGGUUGAUGUUGGCGCUCAAGUCGUUCGUUCAGUUGGAGUCGAAGCUGGUCGAUGUGGAGCAUAAACUCAAGGCUCUCCAGUGGAGGGUCUACAAUGCCUGUAAAUAG